AUGUGGAAGAAAUCUCUGCAGCUUGCAGCGAUUUCUGCAGCGAUGCUGGAGAAAUCUGCAAGGUUGGAGAUAGUUGCAUUGGAACUUGACGUGACAUGCACCUCAUGGUUCCGAUGGCAUGCACCUCAUGGUUCCGGUGGCGUAUUGCGGGAGGUCGCGGAGGCGGAGGCCGCCGGGACGCGGCCGCCGCCGGAGAACGGGGACGAGGAGAUCGGCGGCCACCUGUUCGACUUCCUAUUCGCGGCGCAGGACGCGUCCACCUCGUCGCUGCUGUGGGCGGUGGCGCUGCUGGACGCGCACCCGGAUGUGCUGGCGCGGGUCCGGGGGGAGGUGGCGGCGCUGUGGGCGCCGGAGUCGGGGGCGCCCAUCACGGCGGAGCAGGUGCAGCAGAUGCGGUACACGCAGGCGGUGGCAAGGGAGGUGGUGCGGUACCGGCCGCCGGCGACGAUGGUGCCCCACAUCGCCGGGCAGCCGUUCCCGCUGACGGAGUGGUACACGGUGCCGAAGGGGGCGAUAGUGUUCCCGUCGGCGUACGAGUCGUCGUUCCAAGGGUUCACCGAGCCGCAGCGGUUCGACCCAGACCGGUUCUCGGAACAGCGGGCGGAGGACCGGGUCCACAAGCGCCACUUCCUGGCCUUCGGCGCGGGCGCCCACCAGUGCGUGGGCCAGCGCUAUGCCAUCAACCACCUCGUCCUCUUCAUCGCCCUCUUCACCUCGCUCGUCGACUUCGAGCGCCACCGCACCGACGGCUGCGACGAGAUCGCGUACGUGCCAACCAUCGUGCCCAAGGACGACUGCACCGUACACCUCUCCCGGCGAGGCGCUCCCUCACUCUGA